ACAAGUUGAGUUGUAUAUAUCUACAACACAAAUUCCAAAGCCAUUUAUACUUAUUAAAUUGUAUUCAAACCCUCUCGGACACAGAAUGAAGAUACCGGUGUUGGAGAAGUUCAUGUUCGAUGAACCAUCGAUUUGGGUAACGGCGGCGACGGUGGUGGCUCUGAUCUUUACGGCUUACUUAGGUCUUGCAGAACUCAUCGGAAAUCAUCUUCAGUAUUCCAAAUUUGCAACCUCCAAUUCCGAUCAAGGUAUCAAGGUAUCAGGCAGAACAGGUUUUUUGAUUUUCUACACGCCAGCCUUCCUCGCCGGACUUCUUUCCUUCUUCGUAUUUCCGGCCACCGGCGAUCUCAGAUUCCUUUUGCUCAAGUUUGCUGUUACUUUUCAUUUCUUCAAGCGAGAUCUGGAGGUUAUAUUUGUUCACAAGUACAGUGGUGAUGUGAUUUUGGGUUCGACUAUUCUCAUUUCUAUCUCGUAUUUCUCGAUUGCCGCAUGCUUGAUCGUUGUCCACUAUCUGAGUCUCGGUCUCCCUGAGCCUUCGUUCGAUCUAAAAUACAUCGGUUUGAUCGUGUUCACGUUGGGAAUUUUCGGCAACUUUUAUCACCACAACCUACUCGCGAAACUAAGGAAACCCAACGAAAAAGUGUACAAGAUCCCGCAGGGAGGACUCUUUAAUCUCGUUAUAUGUCCUCAUUAUCUAUUCGAAAUACUGGUUUUUUGGGCGUUUUAUUUUAUCAGUCAGACACCGAUGGCGUUUGCUUGCGCUUUUGGCGACUCCAUAUAUCUGAUUUCAAGGAGUUACAUGACGAGAAAAUGGUACGUAAACAAGUUUGAAGAUUUCCCCAAAAACGUCAAGUGUGUGAUCCCGUACGUGUUUUAAAUACGUCGAUAUUAUUAAGAUCGGGUUGAUUUAUGUAUUGAUUUUUGUUCCGUCUUUUUUUUUCCUUGUGGCAUUUCCCCUUUUUUUCCCAAAUGAAUAUGUACUUGACUUUCUACAUAAAGAUUCAUUUUAAAAGCUUAUUGAAUAAAA